AUGGCGUUUAACAAGAAAUACGCUGGUCUUCCAGAUCUGGAUCCAUCUCCGGACAUCUACGAAACCCCUGAUCUAACCGACGAAGCCUCAACCAUUCCUGCAACUACAAUUCGAACCGAUUCAGAUCAUGACGACGCCGGUUACAACUCCGACAUUGAUCGCGAGGGGGUCAAUGCCGACCAGGCGCGACUUCAUUUCAUGGGUGCGGCGGUCGAUGCGCGCGGGGCCAAUUUCUCCGAUAGUAUUUCCACAAAGCGUCAAGCCUAUCGGACGCGAGAGAAGAGUCGAAGGCGGCGACGCCUACGAGAGGAUGGGACCGAGGAAGUGGGCGACCUGAGCGACAGCGAAGAUGAAUCUCUCGAGAGACGGCUGGCACGUCUGCGCCGGGAGGUGGAAGAUUUGAAAUUACAGAUGGAGAACAGAGCUGGUUCGGGCCGAGAGGACGGCUCGACCUCCAUGUGCAAGGGCCAAGCUGCGCAUUCUCACGCGGAUGGUGCAGACGCUGCUGGUCAAACGACAGCGUCCCUGGGUGAUGGCGUCGCGGAGUUGAGUCGGGCGUUGGAUAACUUGCAUGCUUCAUCGCGUGUCAAUGCCGCGGGAUCGCACUACUCGGCGGCCAAUUCCUUGACUCGCAAACUCGCGACCGAGAUUCCAAGUGCAGAUUCCCAGACGCGAAAGCCCGAGCCCGCGUCGACAGCCGAAACGACGAUUUCGGCCGUGACACCCGUCUCGUCUCAGACUGCAGCAGCAGCAGCAGCAGCAGCAGCAGCAGCAACAGGAGCACCAUCGCCACAACCAUCGGCAGGACUGCUCUCCCAUGCAGUCGCAUUUGAGGAGCGUCUGGCUCUCCUCGAAAGCUCAAUAGGCAUCUCAACCUCAUCGAACCCCUUUGUCGGGGAUGCCUUCAGUGAGCCUGCACUGCAACCCGUCUUGCCGACACUCGACCAGAUGACCUCUCGUUUAUCCGCGCUGACCGGUCUUCUGAUGGGCUCCAAUUAUCCCGCCGCGGGCGGUUCACACUCCAAUGCAGGAGUCGCUGCAUCGACAACGCCAAACCUCGAAGCCUUAUCCUCACGAAUUCGCAAAAUGACCGCCGACGCCGACGCCCUCGCCUUUUCUCGAAAGCGUGCCGCCGACGCCGCCAAGGCCGCCCAGACGGCUCGCAUCGCCUCCGGCUCAUCCGACGCAGAUGCCCUCCCACUCACCUCGGCAGACAGGUCCAACUCCAUUGACGAUGAUCAGAUCGCCAAGAUCCAAGCGCUCUACACCACGUUGCCCACCAUCCAGUCUCUUCACCCUCUCCUUCCGAGCGUUCUCGACCGACUCCGCUCGCUUCGUGCCUGCCAUGCCGGCGCAGCGCAUGCAGCCGAAUCACUCAAUGAGUUGGAGAAACGUCACGCGGAAAUGGCUACCGAAAUCGUUCAGUGGCGCGAAGGCUUGACCGCGGUCGAAGAGCGGAUGAAGCAGGGCGAGCAAGCGCUCCGGUCAAAUGUGGAUACUGUUGAGCCCUGGGUGCGUGACCUGGAGGCUCGGAUGGCGCGGUUAGAGGGUUCUACUGGAGUUUUGUAG